AUGAAAUGGAGGAAAUUAAGUAUAAGUACGUCAUUUACCAAAAAUCGUGGAAAGGAACAUAUGUGGAUUUUGAAGGAGACGGACCGCGGCAUAAUCGCACGUUGAACACAACACUCAAUGAUCAAUAUGACAUAUGGACAAACAGUUCAAAACAUGUUAUCUAUAGCCUCAAAGAUUUUGCGUUCGUCGAUGUUAUAUACUCAACAAUAAAUUCUAAAAAUAUUAAAGAUAAGAUUAUGCAAUAUCAAUCAUUGAGGAAGAGUCAACCAAACAUUACGGCUGCCGCCACUAAUUUUGAAUUUAUUUAUAAUUGCCUGCUCGAUGCGAAACGUAAAGAGCAACGACUUUUCCUGUGCGUCCUCCUUGCAUACUGCGUAACGCAAAAAAAUAAUUCGCAUCAAAAUAUGUUGCCUCCACAUUUUCAGUCUGCUGAUUUAAUAGAAAUACUUGAAAAUGUGCAACAAGAUACACUGCCUUCUGAUGUCCUAGGAAUAAUGGCACCAGUCAUAUCUGUUUUAGUUCAACAUUGUAUUAGGUACCGGUCAUUUGAGUGGAUUAAGCUUUUUAAGUCUGCUCACAUCUUAGAUCCACAUUAUACCUUUGUUGACAUAAUUACCAGGACGACAUUUAACGGUGAAUUGAAUGAAUUUUUCAAUCAUUGGAAGAAAUAUGCAAAGCCUUAUAUAAAAGGAAUAAAUGAGAAAGCAUAUGUAAAACUCUCAAUAUGGUUGAUCAACAUGUGUAAUACCAUGCAAACACUUUUUGCAGUGUGGAAAGAUAUCGACCACUCCUCAAUGGUCGAUCAAAAUAUACGGAAAUAUUUUCUCGAACGUAUUAAAUUAAAUAUUAGGCAGGACGAUCCAAACGGUUUAUUCAAUAAUUUUAACAGGGUCCCGGCAGAUCUUCAGGAAGAAGCUUCGGAAUUUUUCAAAGCUCGAGUUCUAGAAUUAUUAAGUGUUCGUUUAUGCGAAUGGACUGAGUCUAACUUAAAGUCAAUAGAAAAUCUUCUCUUGGACAAAAAAAUGAAAUGGAAAAGAGAACAAUCACUGAAAGCAUUGGAGAAUAUCUCACGAUCAAAAGAUCUUAAUUUAUUAGAUAUUUUUGUAAAACUUUUGAGCGUAUGGCUUAAGGGAGCAAACUUCUCAGAUAACAAGAACCCCAAAAUUCCUAUAAUUUGCAAGUCAUGGUUUGAAAGUGUUUUAGCGCGUUUGAAUGAUUCUAUCAGUGACGAAGGGAAAUUUGUGUCAAGGAUUUUUGAAUAUUUAUCACAAAUAUAUUCCUUGAUCGGCGAGAGGAGAAAUCUUUAUAAUGAAUUAGCAAAUAUUGCCAGCAUGCGGGUUAAGCAAUGCUCGGAAGUGCGGAUCCUUCAAGCAACAGCAUCUGUUUUCAGUCUAAAUGAAAACGUUGUCAAUCAAUUUGUUGAAAUAGCUCAAGGCCAAUUAAAACAAUCUGUUGUUGCUGCCGAUGAACAGCUUGUAGAAAAGAUCAAAUGUAUCUGUGGCAAACCAAAACCUAAGGAAUUGAAUGUUCAGAAUAAGCUUUGCGAAAGGUUACUUUGUUACAUCAUGACCGAAUUGCAGAAACGGUUCACACCACCUUCGACAUUUGAACAUCAUCUGGAUCUUCUUAAAUCUCGUAAAUUUUGGCAGCUUAUUUUUAAUGCUAAAGGUCAAGUUUCGGCAUUGCAAACACAUCCUCAUGUUCAACAAAUACGUGUUGCGAUUUCUCAGCUGGCGAACAUGGUUGCAGAAAAAACGAUUGCCAUCCAAUUGCUCCAGUCAAUUCUUAAAUACAAUGAUGAUGAGUUGUCUACAUAUUUUGACCAUUCCAGCACAAAAAAGAAGUUGACUAAUGUGACCGUCUCAAAAUCCGACAUCGUGGCGAUUAGAAAGCAGUGUCAGGCUUAUGAGUUUACCUUGAAUGAACUUCGGGUGUAUUAUGAAGUUUUCUGUCCCAUUUCAAAGGUCUCCGACGUGAAUGGAUAUAUUUCGAAUAUAGAUUCUGAAUCCAAGAGGUUAUUCCAGAUUACACUUAAAGAUACUUUGUCCCCUGAUCAUUGGGAGUUCCAUAAAGAUACAAUGGGAAUGGCGAAAAAAGCAUUCAAAUUUGCGGGAUCACGAACUUUCGCAAACGUUUUUGAUAAGCACAUCAAUGAUGAGACCGAAAUCUUAACUGUUGAAAUCGUCUCCAAUAAAAUUUUACCCGCGACAUUUGACGAGUAUAUUCAAUUGUGUAAACAGUAUAAAGGCAAGGAUUGGGAGAAAUUAAAAUGUACCGAGGCUUCUUAUCUCUGGAAAGGGGUUGUGGACGUUGGUGCUGAGCUCGAAUUAAUGGGAGAAUUUGUUCGCCUCGACAAGAAUCAAAAGAAUUUUGUUAGUACCCUCGAACGUCUUGCAUCCGUACCCGAAUGGAUUAAACGUCUAGAACAAUUGGUCACCAUUGUGGAAAUAUUCAAGGUUCCACAUAAUCAAAGUAAUAACGAUUGGCUAACAAAAUCGCGCCAGAUCCUCCAAGAUGACAUUUUGACGUUAGGGAAAUUGCAUUCAUUUUUUGACGUUCUAAAUAAUCAUGUCACCUUGAUCGACAACGAAAACAACUGGCCUUUAAUUAAGGAAUUAUCUGAAGCUGGUGAAUUUUUAGAAUUUCUUCAAACCAUUGCCGAGCACGAUAUAAAAAAUCUUAUUAACGGUGUCGAUGAUUUCAAUGAUGAAAGAUUAAACCAGGAAGACACCGUCGCUUCUUUGAUCCAAGUUCAGCAGAUAUUACUUCAAUUGAUGAAUAAAGCAGAGAAAUUGACCAUUAAAAAAUUCUUAGCCGAGUUGGCGGCGAUCAAUAAUUCUAAUCCAACUCUGGCUAGUAAAAUUACCCUAUGUUCAAGUUGUAAUAUGGCGUUGCAAAAUAUGUACAAAAAUAUUUCAAAUCGUGGGGAGGUUACAAAAGAAAAAAUCAAGAACGCG